AAGCCAAGGACUAUAUGUACAUGAUGAUCAUCCAAUCUGCAGCUCUUCCUUCUGUUUCUGAAGGUUAUUCCCACAUACCAUUAUACUAACUUCUUGCUUUUCAGAACACUGAAAAAUUGGGUAUCAUCCACAGACUUAAGCAGCUCAUUGCUUAUCCUUAAGCCAAAAUCCAUUCUGAACAUUAGCAAGCAUUAGUCCCGACGCUGAUCCAUGUCUUACUUCCCUGCACUAAAAGUUGCUCAUUCAUUCUUGCUGGUUUUUUUUCUAUGUUUUAGCUACAGCCAGUUUGGUAUACUGCUUAAGGCAUCAGGUUAGAAACCAGGGGACCAUCCAUCCCAUCUUGGGUACAAAGCCAACUGGGUGAUCUUUGGACCACUUUCUCUCAGCCCUAGGAAGGAGGCAAUGGCAAACCACUUUUGAAAAAUCUCGCCAAUAAAAUUGCAGAGACGUGCAAGUUCUUGGAAGUCUCCAAGAAUGUUUUAGAUAGUUAACAAUAAGUGGAUGAAUCCUCUUAUCUCAUGACCACUACGUUUGCUCCUUUGUUGAGGAAAGUUAUCAAACGCUUUUUGAAAUUUUGCAAGGGUGGAUACAAUAGAUGCCUAUAUGCAUUUUUGAAAACUGUUUAACUCUGGAUCUGGUGUAUCCCAGGCAAUCAAGAGCAGCAUUCCUGUGACAUGUUUUUCCUUUACAAAAGACAAAGAAUUCAAGUAAUCUGGAAGAUUGGAUGAGAUCAUCCUGUAUUUUAUGAAAAGAUUCUGCUGGCUCAGUCACCUGCCUGGAAGGCACAGAGUCCCAUAACAUGAAAGCAUGAUGUUACCAGUUAUUUCAAGAAGAGGAAGGGUAGAGUUCUCUCUUUGGGAAAUGACCACACUUGAUUAGAGUCAGGAACGGUAGUGUGUGUGUUUGUGAGUGUGUGUAGAUGUAUUUUAGAACAAACAGUAUAAAGAUGGUUUCCUGAAUCUAACAGGAGAGGCACUUGUCUCCAUAGCCAGUGUUCAGUGUCAUAUCCUUCUGAAGUCUCCAGGGGAAGGAUAAUGGGUAGGGGUGCCAGGAAAUGACAGAUUUCUGGUCUGAUACAAAGCAAUCCCACUGGAGCAAAGGGGGUUAUGGAAAGUAUAAAUAAAGCUGGUCCCAAAACAGCGUGAGAAUCAUUAAUGAGAACACUGGUCUGAGAGAAAACGAUGAUUAUGGAAUAUGGUGUUUUCCCCUUCGGUUUUGAUCCUACAUGUUGCUUUUACAACACACUGCUUGACCAGCAAAGCCGGCUAUGCAACUACAUCAAGAAACUCCAAGAGAUAUUACAGAGACUCAGUAAACUGAACAGAUGUUCUCUCAUUGCAUAUCUAACGGGAAAUUCUUUAAGUGCUGCUGGAGCAAUUAUGGCCAUAGUGGGGCUGUCCUUGAGCCCUGCAACUCUAGGAGCCUCCCUCUUGGCUUCUGGGGUGGGUUUAGGAGUGGCGGCUGCAGGAGGGGCUGUUUCCAUGACUUCAGACCUUUCUUUAGUGCUCUGUAACUCCAAGGAGGUGAAAAGAAUAAAAAAAAUUGCCCUGGCUUGUCACAAUCAGAUGAAGGAAACAAUGAAUUGCUUGGAGUUCCUGCACCGCAGUUGGAAUCCCACCGAUCCUUUCUUAUUGCAGACUGAGAAAAAUGCUUCUAUUGCCCUUUAUAAUUCUGCCUGCUUCCUGGUAUUCUGUGGUCCUCAGGGCUUUCUGAUGCCUGAGCACAAAGAAGAGAUGACAAAAGUGAGCUAUACUCUACUUAGGGCAAAAAUCCAGAAACUGGCAGAAAACCUAGAAGCCUGUGCAAGGCACAUGGAUGAAAUCUGCAAGCUUUUAGAAAGAAGGAAAGCAUGUUCUUGGAGGACAAAAGGAUUAGAAUGUUGACAUAGGAUCAAUGGUCAGAAUGACUCUGCAGUAACACAAGUCUUCUUGAAAAAAAAAUGAAACUUGGGCAUAAAAUGCUAAAUACCAGUACUGUGAUUUAAAAUUAAUAUUUUAUGUACCCAGGAAUUUUCUCUACACAUUUCCUAGGAUCUGCAAUUCUCUGCACCCUUCUAUUUUGUUUUAUUUUUUGAUGAUUAACAUAACAUACAGAAACCAUGGUUCUAUCAGUUGUAGUCUAUACUUUCAGCACAUUUCAAGGGAAGUUGUUUGUCACAAAGCACCAUACUUAGGUUUUCUAGGCAGGAAAAGUUUUCCAAAAGUCCGACUGAAUGAUAGCACAAUAAGCUGAAGUUUCCUUAACACAUGAAAUUUCAAUUAAUGUUUCACAAUAAUAGAAAAAAAUAGGGAAUAAUUUUCAAAGCUCUGACAGUAAUUUUAUUUGAAUGCUCAAGAGGUCAUGAUGGAAUACAAAUGUUUGGCAAGUCCAAAACCUGUUGAACUGUGAGAAUGAGACAGAUAAGCAAAGCCUAAAUAUUUCUGAACUUCUCCUUAUGAUGUUCUCAUAACAGAUGGGAAUUUGCUCUACAAGUAGGUUUAGGACUGAAUCAUUUCUUUUCUUUCCUUUUGUUUCUCUGACUUUAUAAUCUUUGUCUCAUUUGUCAUAGCUAUCUUUCAUGUACUCUUUUCACACAUAUGCCAAAAUAUCAUGUAGUUUUAUAUUUAUUUAUAUGGGCCAAUAUUAUUGAACUCUUUGUCUAAACGAAUAAGAACAUUGUCAACACAAGACAGAAUAAGAUAUUCUUCACUGUAUCUAAGGCAACGUCUUUAAAAUGCUUGAAGUCAUUCUCUUUGUUAAUAUUUUCAUUCAAAAGACAUGAUAAAGAAGCCAGAACAAGUCUUUUUUCAAAAUUCUGUUAAAAUUUCAUUUUAAGAAUUAUUUUUAAUAGAUCAUUUUCCUGUGCCUUUAUAUCCAGAAACAUUUUACUACAAUGUGCAAAAAUAACAUUUUUUUAAGAAAAGCCUUCGCAGAUUGAAUCUUUUAGUAAAAACUGUUUUAUAUAAAAAUUA